UUAAGGUUUGUGGCAUUUGUAUGUGCUUGUAUAAUAUUUUGCCAAGGAUUUGCCGAAACUGUUCUAAAAAAAUAUUUUGCCGCCUCAACAGUAGAAAUGAAAAAGCUAUUAGAGGUUGAGGAUGAGCUAGUCGAAAACCUGAAGGGUUAUAUGGAGAAAAUGAAGAAGAAAUUCCGUUUGAUAGAACAAUCCCUAAUACCUAUGAAAGCUGAACACAACAAUAUGAAGAAUGACUAUGAAACGUAUUUGGGUAAUCCAGUGAACAGCUUUAGACUGAUACAUCGCCUACAUACGGAUUGGAGGAAAUGGCACCGUUAUACCUACACUCAAAAUAAAAUUAACCCUAAAGCGUUGUUGCACAGUGAGAAGGCACAUGAAAUGAGACCGCGGUUACCCACCGCGUUAGAUUUAGAACAAGCCUGUCGCGGUAUUGAUGACUUGAUGUCCUUUUAUAAUCUCAAACCGAACGAACUGGCAACUGGUAAAUUGGCGGGGUACUCAAAUCCACAAACAGCACUGACCGCUCAGGAUUGCUUAGCCCUGGGAGAGUUCCACAUCCAAAUUAGGAAGGAACAUCUCGCCGAGGCUUGGUUCAACACCUCUUUGUCUAAAUUCACAGAGUCACUCAGUUACAAGGUUUUUAAAUUUAACAGAUCCAGAGUGCACACGGCGUGGGGAUUACUUUUGAUGAAGAACAAACAACUGAAUGCCGCCUCCUAUCAUUUCGAGAAAAAUCCAAAAGUAUUAGGCCUUAACUUGGUAAAUUUACACUUUCAGAAAGAGUUGGCGAGCAAGCGAAACUGCAAUGCUGUCCUCAGAAAACCAAGUCGACUCCAUUGUCGCUACAACAGCUCCACGACGCCCUUCACACGGAUUGCUCCUCUGAAAAUGGAAGAGCUCAGUACCGAUCCUUACAUGGUGGUUUUCCACGAUGUGAUCUACGACAGCGAAAUUGAUGCGAUGCUAAACUCUAGCGAGUUAUCCCUUGUUGAUUCGGGUCAGAAGUCCGAUGUAAGAAGCUCCAAGGACUCAUAUAUUGAUGUAGAUGACGAAUCUCUCGAAAAUCGGGUGGGAGAUAUGACCGGCCUAAGUUUGGAGAUGAGCGAUGCGUUCUCGCUGAUUAACUACGGGUUAGGUGGACACUAUAUAUUACACUAUGACUACCAUAACUUGACGGAUCAGGUGCGCCAACAACAGGGGGAUCGCAUAGCCACUGUUUUGUUUUACCUGGGAGAUGUUGAAUCUGGAGGAGCCACGAUUUUCCCAAUGGUUAAUAUUUCCGUUACACCAAAAAAGGGAUCGGCGGUUCUUUGGUACAACCUUCACAACUCGGGCGACAUGAAUUUGAAGACCUUGCACUCAUCCUGUCCAGUCAUUAGUGGUUCCAAAUACGUGCUAACAAAAUGGAUAAACGAAUUGUCGCAAAUGUUUUCCACUCCUUGUAUGAAGAAUUCAAACCUUCACCCGAAAAAUAAUGAUAUAACAUUUUAA